UAUGAAUGAUUCUUCUGGUUCAAGACUGUUGUUGAACCAAUGAUCAAGCACUCUGGCAAAUAAUAUGAGACUUUUUAUUUCAGUGAUGAGUUGAUUAAGACUUUUUUAUUUCAGUGAUGAGUUGAUUAAUGUUUUUAAUCAUUGUCAUAAGAGAGGGAUCUUCACAUGCCUUAAGACUUAGUUUAAUCAAUCCCCUUUGAAAAGAAAAGUCUAAUAAACAUUUCCGCAGUUUUGGUUUUUCUCCUUCCUAUAAAUAAGAAGAGUGAGAAAAAGGGCAAAGAUUCGGUUUUUACUUCAGAAAAAUGUCGUGGUAAUAAGAGAAGAAGAUUUGACCAAACCAUCACCGCUUGUGACUGUCUGUCUCUUUUUUUUUAACUUUCAGAUUAAAGAAAAAAGUUUUUGACUUUUCUUUCCUAAUCAAAGCUGCUUUGGCUUUGGCUUCAGUUUAAUGGAGGCCCAAUCGUUCUGCUGUUGAAUGAAUCAUUUUUUUUUAUUUUUUCUUCAUCAUACUACUACUCUCGGGGCCUUGACUUUCUUUUUCUUUUUAACAUUUAUUCUUCUCGUGUUCCUCUUUCCUUCUACUUGCUUUUGUCUUUUUGUCCUUUCACUGUUCCCUCUGUCGUGAAUCCCAAGCUCGCAACUUUUGACGUCUUUUCCUCUUCUGGUUGUCCUUUCCGACAGGUUAUAUUACCCUCAAAAGUCUCGAGAUUUUUCUUAAACUGGUCUCAACUCGGUGGACAUGAUCUUUCAGACAGCUUUAGUUUGAGGUCUUUUCUUUAGGAGUUAUGGGGAGUUUUUGCUCCAAGAGCCUAGGAAUAAACUUUGGCAGUGAGUACUCAGGUUCAAGCGUGACUGAUGAUAUACGAGAACACGAUUUUGGCUACCAACAACAACAACCACCUGGUCAAAACUGUUUAUUGGGUCCUCCUGGUACGAGGCAGUGUAUGGUCAAAGACGCUAAAGAACAACCAACUCAGCUGAAAGAUAUGUUCUCAUUCCGAGAAAGAGAAGCUGAAGAUAUCUACGAUGGGAUUCCGAGGUUGCCAUCGUCUCAGAAACUCCGGCCUGCAAAAUCUACUCAAACUGCUGUUUCAAAGGUUACAGAAGUAGGGAGAGCGGGGUUAGGUAAAGCGAAGGAUGUGUUGGAUACACUUGGGAGUAGCAUGACUGAUCUUAGCAGCGGUGGUUUUACUUCUGGAGUUGCAAUUAAAGGCAAUGAGCUUGGGAUCUUAGCCUUUGAAGUAGCUAACACAAUUGUCAAAAGCUCAAAUCUCAUUGACUCACUUUCUAAGCAGAACAUCAAGCAUUUGAAAGAAACUGUCAUUUAUUCCGAAGGUGUUCGGAAUCUUGUCUCUAAUGAUUUUGAUGAACUUCUCAGACUAGUUGCUUCUGAUAAGAGGCAGGAGCUGCAAGUUUUCUCAGGAGAAGUGGUUCGGUUUGGAAACAGAUCUAAAGACUUCCAGUGGCAUAAUCUACAGCGCUACUUUGACAAGAUUAUCAAAGAGUUAACCCCUCAAAGACAGUUGAAUGAAGACGCAGACUUAGUUGUUCGCCAACUGAUGGGUCUAGUGCAGUAUACUUCUGAACUAUACCAAGAGCUUCAAGUAUUGGAUAGAUUGGAGAAAGACUAUGAUCAAAAGCGCCGAGAAGAAGAGAACUCAGCUAGCAGCAGUAAAGGUGAUGGCCUUGCAAUCUUAAAAACGGAGCUUAAGUCCCAGAGAAAGGUAGUGAAAAGCUUAAAGAAAAAGUCCUUGUGGUCAAGAGGUCAUGAAGAGGUGAUGGAGAAGCUAGUAGACAUUGUUCACUUCUUGUUGCUAGAGAUUCAUAACAUCUUUGGUGGUGCUGAUGAUCAACCAGCGAAGAAAGGAGCAACGGAUCAUGAUAGAAGAUUGGGACCUGCUGGUCUUGCUUUACAUUAUGCAAAUAUAAUUAUGCAGAUUGAUACACUUGUCGCUCGUGCAAGCUCUAUAACUUCAAAUGCAAGGGAUUCUCUAUACCAAAGCUUGCCACCUGAUAUAAAACUGGCUCUCCGUUCCAAGAUUAAGUCCUUCAACGUCGAUAAAGAGCUUUCAGUGACACAAAUUAAGGACGAGAUGGAGAGGACACUGCAUUGGCUUGUCCCUAUUGCAGCCAACACAACCAAAGCUCAUCAUGGUUUCGGUUGGGUUGGAGAGUGGGCAAAUACAGGGAGUGACUUCACUAGUAAGCCUAGUGGUGGAGAGAUACUACGAAUCGAAACACUUUACCACGCUAGUAAAGAAAAGACAGAGAUCUACAUUCUUGGACAGAUCAUUUGGUUACAGCAUUUGGUUACAAAAGCAAAGAGUGAAGCACGUGGAGGUCCUAAGCUUUCUUCUAUCAAGUCUAGGAACCAGCAAUUGGUAUCUGAACCACUCAGUGUCCCGUUAGUAACGGAGGAAGAACAAAAGAUGUUACAAGAGGCGAGCAAGAGGAGGAAGAGGGGAACUCCAUGUGUUAGCAAGAGUCAUGAUUUUGAUUCAGAGUACUCGCGUGUGAGGAAGUGUGACCCUCUGAGCAGAAGCAGUGAGUAUUUUCGUGGAGUGAGAAGAAGCAAAUCAGCUGCUGUGAAGAGGUUUUCUUCAGGUUUUCCAUUUCUUGAUUUUGUUAUCGAUAAGGAGAAGGCGUUGGAUGUUAUUGAUCGUGUUGAUGUGCCGAGAGAUUACAGAGCGUUGUUGAAAGAAGGUAGCCUAAGCUUCUAGUGGAGUGCUUUGCGGUUCAUGUGUUGGGUUGUAUAUAGGAGAAUGCUAUGGAAGAAGCUGUUCAUGUGACUACUUGUUAGAUCAUUUACAAUAUUUCAAAUUCAAUAUAGUGACACUUUCAGAAAGUUUCAAAUAGCGAUGAUGAUUAAAUGA